AUGUCUUUUAUUAGCUACGAGAGUGUAUCAGCCUUUUGCAAAGACUUUUUUUCUAAGAUUUCAAUGUUCACGACGGUCCUAUUGUCGAUUAUCGUAUGUGUGUUUUUGAGUGGAGGCAGUCAAUUUUUAAGAUCGUUUUCGACAAUUGUCACACUGAAAGACUUUUCAAGUGGUGUUGUAGGGAUGUUCACACACAGUUUUGUCCACGCAAAUAUUUUACACAUUGUUAUGAAUUCAAUGGCUCUUUUUGGCUUUGGGUGUACUGUUGAAUAUCGAAUUGGGACAGUGAAGUUCAUUGUGCUCUUUAUAGUUUCGCUCGUGUUUAAUCCCGUUUUCAUAUUGUCUGCAGCUUCAAUAGGAUUGAUCUAUAAUACUGAUGUUGUUGGGAUGAGUGGCUUUUUAUUUACUUUGAUGGUAGUAGAAUAUUAUAAGGAAGAUGGGUACAUUGACAUUAUCUAUUCGAUUACUAUUAAUAUAGUUAUAUAUAUCAUUGGUAUACUAUUUCAAAUGCCUGUCAGUCUUGCUGGGCAUUUCAGUGGUAUUUUAGUCGGCUUUUUGUACACACGUGGUUUCUUGGACUUUUUGUUUGAUAAUCGAGUCAUUGACUUUAUUGAGAAGAAGAUGGAAUUGGCUUUGGGGUGUUUAGUCUUAUUCAAGCCAGCACAACACAUUGAGAAAAAGUCACACGUCGAGAUACUUCACACAAUCAAAAGUGAUAUUAAAAACAUGUUUGUUUGUUUAUUCUAA